AUGUAUUCUAUUGCAGUAAUAGGUGUUAUUCUUUUGAAUUUCUUUGCUUCGGCAAAAGACGUGACAACACCCGUUCCUUAUCAUGCAUCUGUGAGGACCGAUAAGGGCCACAUUUGUUCAGGAGCAAUCCUUAGCGAGAGAUGGAUCGCCACGGUCGCUCAUAUCUUGAUAGAACAACACAAAGACGCAAAGCUACACGUUGUCGUUGGCACAAACCAGUUAAACGGACCUGGGGAUAGCUACUCAGUCUCUGAAAAAUUUUACUACCCAAAAUAUAAUACAAGCGUGAUUAUCAAAUAUAAUAUGGCUCUAUUAAAACUAGAUAAGGCUAUCAGAUUUGGAUCCCAGGUUAAAGCUAUACAUCCACCCAAAUCUGACACUAAGGAAGGUGCUAAUAUGGUGGUCACAGGCUGGAAAACACCAAAUGAUGAAUUUAGAACCAACAACUUACAAGAGAAAUAUGUUACUGCUAUAAAUAACAAGAAAUGUAAAAGGUACUAUGGUUUCCUUAACGAAUUUAACCUUUGUUCGGAAGAUAAGUCGGAUUUCGUCGGUGAUGCCGACUAUUUCCGUGACGCCGGUGGUCCAUUAGUUGAGAAUAACAAGCUAGUAGGUAUACUCAAUCAGUUCUUUGGAAACCUUCCAGCCCUUCAUAACAGAGUUUACAAAUAUAAGAGCUGGAUUAAGAAUACUAUGUCUAACAAUAAGUAGUGCUACAAGUGUAAAUGAAAAAUUAAUGUUGAUGUUGUUAAUUAAAUUAAAUGAAAAUUU